GCGCCAUUACGCCAUGUUGAAAUUGUUUGUGAAAAAGUGCCGCAGAAAAUUGUGAAAAACCACGGAAAAAAUGCAGAAUUCAAGGAUAAAAUAAAGAUGGCACUUACAUUGUUUGUCUGCAACUACGCCAAAGAAAAAAAAAUCAUGACACCAAUUAUGGCCAGAGAUGAUGGUAUAGAAGGUGUGAAAAACGCAAGAGAUGAAAAGUCUGGAGGCGAAAACUGAUGAUGAGAGUGACUUGAGCUGGUUUUGUUGGAAAUCUUUCAAUCUUCCCGAAAUGGAUUGAGGAGCCCUUUGGAAUUUCUCAGAUGAAUUAUGAGCAGCUCUGUGUCCUCCAAUAACGGACGAAAAGUGCGCUUUACCCUUCCUGGCCAGGAGUUUGUCUUCGAUCCGCCAAAAAUUGUCUCACCACGCAACAAAGUUAUACACGGUACUCGGCAGUAUAUCAACGGAACACUCCAAUCCACCAAAUUUGCCUCUGUUCCAGAACCUCCUGUGAAUCCCAAGAGAGAAUUACAGCCUCUACCACCACGAGAACCUCUUCCAGAACCACGUCCUAUCCAAAGGACAAAGCUAAAGAUUGAGCUGCCAACACAGUCCACUGGGAAGAAUUGUGCAGAUUCUGUGAGGCAAAAAUUGGUUGUGGGUUUUGAGAAUUUGAAGAUUGACUGUGGUGUGGCCAAAAAGACGGAUCCUGUGGCUGAGAGAUUGGCCAAAUUGAGCAUCGUGACGCCAAAGUUGGUGGCCAAGGAGCCCGUGAGGCAAACCAGAGAAUUUCCGGAUAUUCAUCAUAAAUUCACGAGUUUGGAAAACUUGGGUCCUGGGAGGGGUAGGGAGUCCCAGGGAGUGUCUGGGAAGUAUUCUGGAGGUGGUGAAGAGGUGACAAGAUUUCCCAGGAGGCAAACAAAUUCUGCUGUGAGAUCUGUUAAGAUUACUCAGAAAGUUACAAGGCAGAGUGUUAUCUCGUCUCAGGCAUCUCCCUUGAGGAAUCGACAGUCCAGGAGUGCUCUGAAAUCUUUUCAGAUAAUUGAUACACGCUUCCCUGGAUACGAAUUAGAGACUACAAGUUACAAUUCAGAUUCUCCUGAAUUGAGAAGUCGUCCGAGUUUGCCCACGGUGGAAGUUACUGGGAUUCCGGCUCAUAAGGAUUUUGAGGAUUCUGCAGGGAGUAUCGGAGUAAAUGAGGAGAGUAGCAGAAAAUUUCUGCGUGUACCUGAACUGAGUGAUAUCUCGGAGAAUAUCUACGAGGCAUCUGUGGCGGGAAGUGGUUCAAAUAGUGGAGAGAUUGAACCGUCGGAGAAUGUGGCACAAUUCUGGGACUUCGUACAGAGAUGGCGGAGUAUUCGACUAGGUUCGAGCAAGAAGAAGUUUUCCAAUUUAAAUCGACAAUCGUCGGCAGUUUCAGUUCAGCGCUCAAUUAAAACGGUCGAAAAGAGAGCCCAAAUAACGUCACGCCUGAGAACGUUGAGGAUGAAUUUGGAGCAAGUGCCAAUGGUGAGCACACUCCUUCGAGCUGCGAGAGAUGCUAAUGAGCUUCUGCUCAAGGAGGCUCUACGGGAUAUACUGAUAAAUGGCAUCACCAAGGAGGAUCUCAAUUCUACUGACAAGAGUGGCAGGACGGCCAUUUCUUACAUAUGCUCAACAAAUUUAACACAUUUUCUGGACAUUUUCCUACAAUUGCCGGGGAUUGAUGUCAAUAAGCCGGAUAAUGAGGGAAAUACACCAUUACACUUUGCUGCUCAAGCUGGUCAAGUCGACGUGGUGAAUAUGCUGUUGUCAAGAAGUCGUAGCAUUGUUGUAGAUGCUAAGAACAACCUAGGCUUCACACCACUCAUGAAGGCUGCCCUACAGGGUCGUACAAAGUGUGCAAAACUCCUGCUCUUUGCUGGAGCUUCACCUGUUGAGGUAGAUUCGGGCAGGGGAAUGAGACCGGAGCAAUGGGCAAAAUUCUGCGGGAGAUAUUCGUGUGCUGAGAUGAUUGAGAAAUGUGCCAGAUCGCGUCUGCUGGAAAAGACAAGUUCCUGUAAGUGGUCUAAUGAUUCACUAGCUCUGGAUAAACCUGCCGUCUCUCGAAGUAGAACUAAUCCCAGUCAACAACAAAGUGGUGGAAUUCGUUCGAAAUUCCGUAAAGUCUUUCCAUUUACUCUUCCAUUUCGUGAUAAACAGUAUAAGGAGGAUCCGGGCACGGAGAUUGUGCAGUAUUUGUCGGCAGCUGCUCUCUGUGCCAGUGGCCCUGUUGUUCUUCCGGCAAAUGGCAACUCCAAGAUUAUCAAAAGCAUCAUAAGACCACUAGAAGUGCCAAAAUUGGAAGUGACUUUGGCCAAUAAUAUGUCUCUUAUAAGGAAGUAUGAAAAUUCCAGUUUCUCUGAAGAUACGGAAUCCGUUGAGAGUUCUCAGCCACCAACGUCGCCAUCUCGUGGGAAGAAGUAAAAUGUUUGGGUGUGCGUCUCAACUCUUGGUGGAAUAUGUAUAUUUUUUGGAGAGAUUUCUACUUGCAAUUCUUCCUAAAAAAAAAAGAACUCUUUUCUAUGGAAAGUUCAGUAUUUUUGUUAAUUAUUCAAUCCUUGUGGAUCCCUCAAGCCUCAAUCGAUACGGAGGAUUUACAGCAGGAGCCAAGGAUAUUUUACGAAAAUGACAAUGUUAUGUUCUUCCUAUUCCCUUUUUUCUUGUUCUUCCCUUAUUUUUUUUUUUACUUUACAAGAAAAAAAAACGUGCUCAAUGUAAUAGAUUUAAUAGAAAAUUCAUUGACUUUCGAGAUUAUUUUAAAUGCAAUG